AUGAACUCGAAGAAUCGCUUCUACUCCGGAAAUGAUCACCCCGAUCGAUUGCGUCAAUUUGCUAUUCAGAGUACCGAUCGUUUUCGGAGCGAUGAUGGCGUUGAGGAGAAUGAUCCGGAUAAAGAGUUGCGAGGUUUAGAUGAAACGAUCCUUUGGAUCUACAUCUAUUUGGGUCAAAUCCGUUACUGGCUUCAAAUGUACCUCUUUUGUCUCAUUUCUCUUCUCCAUAUCAUUGCAAUCUAUGCGCCCGGUCAUUAUCGAAAUUUCAACGGGCCAAGGACGGCAAUUUUCGUUGCCGUGCCGUGUGUCUGCACGAUAAUCCACGACACUCUCUACACGACUCUUUGCAAUUGUCUCUAUUAUCAAGUGCCCGGUUACUACAUGGCGAUUCGUCAAGAGAAAGCCGAUGUCGAGAACAAAUUCGAGAUCUUUGACGCUUGGCUAAAGGUCACAAUGAUCGUUCUGCUCGUUGGCACCGAUUUGGCCAUCAUUGCAAAACUCUACAAAAUGCGAUCAACCAAUCAAAAAAACAGGCCAACAAUGUCAAUGUCAAGGCCUGCUCAAUCAAUGGCCUCCCCAUCUGCAAUUGUCAUUUUUGAGGCGACCUCGGUGAAAACAUUUGAGAAGAGAAAAGUCGAGAAAAAGCCACUCACCCGAAGACUCGAAAUCAACGUGGACACCCGUUUGGCAUUAGCGUUCACCUAUGUGAGUGCGGAGACGAUUCUCAUGACUUUCUUCUUCAAGUUCUUAGGAUUAAUUCCCUACUCCAUUUUGCCGUACACAAUCCUUUUAAUGAACACCCUCGAGUUGGCCAAGUGCACCGCGUAUGUGCUGAUUGUCACGCAGAAG